UUUUGUCAGCUGUUUUGGUUUUUUGUUGACGUUGUAGCGGUGUUUGCUGUGCAGUUUUAUAAGUAUUAUUAUUUGUUAAUUGAAAUAGGUAGAAUUAGAAUAUAUGUCGGGAACUAUGACGCCGGGCUAUGAUUCGGUGUUGUCUACAACAGCGGUGAUUAGUACUGUAUUUCAGUUUUUAUCUGGGGCAGUAAUAUGUCGCAAAUAUAUACAAAAGAAGAGCACAGGUGACUCAUCUGGUGUUCCAUUCAUAUGUGGCUUCUUAUCCUGCAGUUUUUGGCUGCGCUAUGGAGUGCUAACUAAUGAGCAGAGUGUCAUAAUGGUCAACAUCAUUGGAUCGACGCUCUUUCUCAUCUACACUCUGGUCUAUUAUGUAUUUACGGUCAACAAACGUGCCUAUGUCAAGCAAUUUGCACUCGUUUUGGCCAUACUCAUUGGUGUUAUUGUUUACACAAACAGUUUGCAAGACGAGCCCCAAAAAAUGGUACACAUUACAGGUAUUGUUUGCUGCAUUGUCACUGUUUGCUUCUUUGCUGCGCCUCUCACGUCGCUUCUACAUGUGAUACGAGUGAAGAACUCGGAGAGUUUACCUCUGCCCCUUAUAGCCACAUCGUUUUUUGUUAGCUUGCAGUGGCUAAUCUAUGGCAUAUUAAUAUCUGAUUCGUUUAUACAGAUACCCAAUUUUCUUGGCUGCCUGCUGUCCUUGUUGCAAUUAGGACUCUUUGUAUUGUACCCACCACGUAGCUACAGUUAUUCCGGUCAAGGCUAUAAGUUGAUAGAACAGGCAGUUCCCUUCUAAUUCGAUCGUAUAUUACAUUAUUAAUUCGUGUCUUUGUAUGUACUUAUAUACUGCGCAUUUUGCAAAACGAUAAUUAAGCAUGUUUCAUACAGGUAUAUAUAUUUUGAUAUAACGUAAAUUUGCAAAUAUAUCGCUUGCUUAAAUUACUCUAGACAUACUAUACGUAUUGUAAAAUUUAAUGUAAUAUAUU